AUGGCUAGACCGAUGAGGGGCAGAAUAGGUUCAUCGUCAUCAGCAGCAUCAGGAACUCGAACCCUAACUCUAACGCUAGCAGAUCCUGUUCCUACUCCAUCUUCAACAUCAUCAUCUUCUUCUUCAUCUCAGCCACGACAAGAACAAACCCUAGUUUUGAGAUUACGCCCACCUUCAAAGAAAGUAACAUGGAAAGAAGGAACUGUUGAUAAUGAAUUUUUACAGAGAAAGAGUUCGAAGAAAUGUUGUAUUUUUCAUAAACAGAAAUCAUUUGAUGAAGAUGAUAGUGAUGAGGAAGAUAAUGGGCAUGGGCAUGGGCAUGGGCAUGAUCAUAAACAUGAUCAUCCUUCCAAUGAUAAAGAUAAAGAUGGAGAUAGUUGCUGUUCUAAAGAGAAUGAAUGA